AUGCCUGUGGGGGAGGCGGUGACCCUGAAGCGCAAGGACGGUUUCCGCUACAUCGUCUUCGACUUUGAGGCCCAACAUUUGGCGGCGGGGCAUGUGGUGAAUUUUGCUGGCGUACAGAAGAUGUGUCACGUGUGCUGUGAGUGGCCCACGGACGCUGGGGACUGUCCCCGUUGUGUACCUCGAAGGUACAGUUUUAACACCGCGGAGGCGUAUUGUGUGUGGCUGUUUGGGGGGAGCAACGAGAGGUACACGUGUUUGGCCCACAACUUUAAAGGGUACGACUCGUACUCCAUCCUCGAGUACUUGAUCCUUCAUGGGGUCAAGCCUAACGUGAUCCUCAAUGGGGGAAAAGUGAUGUGCCUAAGUGUCCCCGAGUUGAAGGUGACGAUGAAGUGCACCUUAAACUUCUUCCAGAUGGCGUUGUCUCGACUCCCUAAAAUCUUUGGUUUUGAGGAUGUGGCUUGCAAAGGCACCCCCCAUUUUUUCAACACACCCGAGCACCAAGGGUACAAGGGUCCGAUCCCGGACCUGAGCUACUAUGACCUCCCGAGCAAGUCGCAGUUCAAAGCGGAGGCCUUGAGGGUAUGGCACGCGGAGCAGGUGCGCCAGGGGGUUCGAUGGGUGUUGAAGGACCAGCUGGCCGAGUAUUGCCACCAAGAUGUCGAGGUCCUCAAGCGUGCCGUCUUGGCCUUCCGUCGACUGGUGUUCCCCUUGACCACCGUGGACCCCUUUGAAGACUGUGUCACGAUUGCCUCGUUGGCCAGCAGGUACCGCAGCCAGCGCGAUGGGGUGGCCCUCCAGACCAUCUUGAGUGCCCAAGGCGAGUUUCGGGUGGGGUCCUACAAAGUGGAUGGGUAUGCGGCGGCCACAGGGACGGUUUACGAGUAUUACGGGUGCUUUUACCAUGGCUGGCCCCAGUGUUUUGACCCAGAGACCCUGAACCCCCACAAGCAUCUGACCAUGGGGGAACUGCACACCAACACGUUGGACCGGCGUGAGGCCAUCCUGGCUCAAGGGUACGAGAUGGUCGAGGUGGACUUUUAUUCCUUGUACCAAUGGGUGAAUUUCGACGAGCCUUACCCUUUGGGCCACCCUGAGAUCAUUAAUGAGCAGUUUGAGGAGGAUCUCACGGUCUACCGAGGGCUCCUCAAGCUCAAGAUUCUCCCUCCCAGGGACCUGUAUUUCCCUGUGUUACCUGUUCACCUACGCCACAAGCUGGUGUUCCCCCUUUGCGCGGCUUGCGCCAAAGCCGUAGUGCAAGGAGCGUGUCCCCAUACGGAGAAGGAGGAGCUUGCCCUGAUGGAGACCUGGUGCCACCCAGAGGUGGGUGACGCGCUGCGCCAGGGGUACCGGGUGUUGACCGUCUAUGAGAUUUGA